GAGAAGUUUUGUUCUACAGAAGUUUAUAAGCACUUGGGAGGUGCGCAAGUACCAUCGAUCAGUGCGGACUGGGAUGUGCAAUUACAGAUCGGGACGGGUUGAACGGGUGAAGAGCAAGGAAGGAGAGAGAGAGAGAGAGAGAGAGAGAGAGAAGCUGUGAUAUUCCUCUUAGUGGACGUUAUUUGGUGUACAGAGCAGGAAGUCUCUCUCCUUGCGCCACGGUGGCGAUAGUUUUUGGCGCUUCUACGGAAUUCGAUGAAGAAAAAGGAAGGGUAGAAAGAAGAGUUUAAGGGGGCUAUACAGCAAGGGGGAAGUGCGAGCGUCGAUCAGGACUGACGAAAAGCAGUGCAAGGGAAAGGCGAGUGAGUGUCAGCUUCACACACACACACACACACACACACACGCACACGCGCACAAACAAACACACACACACACACACACACACACACACACACACACACACACACACACACACACACACACACACACACACAGAGUGAUGGCGUCGGAGAAGGCACGUGCUGGAGCAGAGCAGAUGAAGGAGGCCGGGCGGGAAGGAUACGAGGAAGGAAAAGGGUCUGCGCAGGAGAAGUUCGAGCACGCGAAGGAGACUGCUGGCGGCAAGACGCAGGAAGCCAAACAGGCUAUGGACGAACAGAAGCAGCGAGCGGCAGAAUCGAUGCAGGAGCAGCAGGAGAAAGCCGCGAGCGCCACGCAAAGCCUGAAGGAGAAGGCAGGCCCAGCUAUGGAGGGUCUGAGGGAGAAGAUGGGGAUGGGUGGAGCCGGGGCAGGUGCAGACCAGGGAGGGCAGUGAGGAAGGAAGCACAAGCGUUUUCUCGACGGGAUCCUCGUUGCAUAAAAACUCUCUCCGGCCAUGAAUGUACUUGGCCUCUGUCGAGGUCACAUGCAGAUUAGCUUGCCAGAGCACUUACCGCCGCUCGUUCGAAAAUACACAAGUCACGAUCUGUAUGGGAUCUAAAAAUGCGACCGCUUACAGAUCUAGUGAGAUGGUCGCAUUCCGGUAAGAAGGGAGGAUAAAUAAUGCACUGAGCGCGUACUCACACUAGAACUUUCGUGGAUGUACGGGUAAUGCACUGAGCGCGUAAUCACACUAGAACUUUCGCGUAAUCACACUAGAACUUGCCAGGUCGAAUACUCUACCGGCGCGCCUUUGCCGACCAGGGCCAGAUGCACCUGACCGCAAUUCCGUCCACAAAUUAGUGGAGAAAGUCGUAGUUUGAGUCUGCUAUUGCCGCGGCAGUGCAAAUUGUAUCCAUAAGUGUAGAACGCACGGCCAGUGUAUGUUGUAUGUAGACGGAAAGUUACCCUUGAUGCAGAUAUCUGACAUCUUUGUGAUUAUAUAUCUUGGAGCGGGUGGAGGGAGUGGUCGGUACUAAAGUGUGGAGGGAGUGGUCGGUACUAAAGUGAAUGAGGAGAGUUGUAGUACUAACUAGAUAAUCAAUGAUCGGUCGUGCGAUAAUCAAUGAUCGGUCGUUCGAUAAUCAAUGAUCGGUAGUUCGAUAAUCGAUGAUAUGAUUGGUCGUUCGAUCGGCUCCAUUAGAAAAGGGAGAAAAGAAAAAACAGUCGUAGUGACCAUGAAGAUAGUACAGUUGAGUUUUGUGUACAGUUGACUUUUGUGUUUUAGAAAAGACAGUUGACUUUUGUUUACAGUUGACUUCUGUGUUUUAAAGUACAAUCGGUAAAGUUUUUCGGUGGGAGAUGUUCUCUUGGAGUUGAGUUAGUCACAGUUGCUUUUCUGCGAGAAAAAAAAAAAAAAAAAAAAGCUGGAUUGAGUAUCGUUUUUUUUUGUGUUUUAUUUUCAACAGGGGUUAGACAACCCCGGAUGCUACAAGAGGGUAGGUAAUUAAUCAACCCCGGAUACUACAAGAGUGGGGUGAUUAAUCAGUUCCCCAUUAUGGGUCGAUGGAACUUAGCCUUAAGGACCUCUGCUGUAACUGGAACGAUACAGAGAAUAAAUAUUUGCAUUGACC